AUGGACUCAAUCAGCACCACAUGGACAGAGAGGGAAAAUGUUGAAAAAGGACCAGAGAAGGACAAAGGCAUUAACCUGACCCACAUCGAGUCCCGUCCAUCACGUGACAACAAAGAACAAUAUGAGUUCUUCAUCAGUGUGGAUCAGGCCUCCUCUAAAGCUCUAGAUGAAGUUGUUGAUGGUCUGCGCACACAGAUCAGUGGCCAAGUUCAUGAGCUGUCUCGCAACAAACAGAAAGACACAGGAUGGUCUGGGGACAUCUGUCAUGAGCUUCUAGGUCAUGUCCCACUGUUUGCUGACCCAUGUUUUGCCCAGUUCUCACAGGAAAUUGGACUCGCUUCUUUGGGCGCCCCUGAUGAGUUCAUAGAGAAGCUGGCCACAGUCUACUGGUUCACUGUGGAGUUUGGUCUGUGCAAGGAAGGAGAUAAAGUAAAGGCUUACGGUGCUGGUCUGCUCUCAUCUUUUGGCGAACUGCAGUACUGUUUGACGGACAAGCCUAAACUUCUGCCCUUCGAGCCAGAGAAGACCUGCCUGCAGCAGUAUCCCAUUACAGAGUUCCAGCCAGUUUACUUUGUGGCUGAAAGUUUCGAGGACGCCAAAGAAAAAGUCAUGAAAUUUGCUUCCACCAUUCCCAGACCUUUCUCUGUGCGCUAUAAUGCCUACACACAGAGAAUCGAGAUGCUGGACAACACACAGCAGCUGAAGAACCUGGCCGACAACAUCAACAGUGUGUCUUCAGUACAAUGUGAGAUCUCAAUCCUGUGCACUGCCCUGCGAAAGAUGGAGUGAAACGAUGGUGGAAGAUUUUCAAGGAAAAUGAAGAAGAAAUGCUAGAAUAUCAAAGACGCUAAAUAAGCAUCGUCUGUAUUGCUUUUUAGGUUCAUAUACAACAUACUUUUUCUAAUCAAGCUGUGAUAGAGAGAGCAUGAUAUUAAAUAUUAAAUUAGUCCUUAUGUAUUGCAUGUAAAACAUAUUUAUAGACAAAUUUUGCUAGUUCAAAUAUAUUUAGUCACUACGUAUUUAAAUGACAUAUAACGAAAUAACACG